GAAUGUACUAAUUCUAUUUGUAACAAUCGUGGUACUUGCUACAACAGCCUUCAUGUGUCAUUGUAUAUUCAAUUAUAGCGGAAGAUUUUGUGAAGAGAAAUUAAUUAUUAAAUCAGCUGCUUUCGGGGCCAAUUCAUUUAUAAUUCAUCGCGUUAGGAAUGACACGACAAUAAACAUACAAUUUGAUGCAAAAACAUUAAUUAGUGAUGGCAAGAUUAUGCACGUAGAUAUAGCUAAGGGAGUAUAUAUGGAGCUUUAUUUGAAUAUGGGCUUGCUCAAAUUCGAGUUCUCGUGUGGAUAUCAAACGAUGCUCUUAAGUGAAGUAAAAACAUUUGUCAAUAAAGGGCACCCAAUGAGAAUUGAGACCAGACUAGACUUUUACUUGAAUGAACAACAUUGCAACGCGACUCUACAUUUAAACGAUACAGUGGCCAUGAGCGGCGGACAAGUAGCAAAUAUUACUACCAUUGAUCAAAAUAUAACUUUGUUGUUCGGUGAUAUUGGACACAGCUUAGCGGACCAAACAAGAUAUCAAGCAUUUGUUGGAUGCAUUACAGGUUUACUAGUAAAUGGUGAGCGUCGAGAAGUAUUCAACGAUGCUCUGUCCGCCGCCGACAUAACAGAAUGUUCAUCUUUAGUAUGUUUGUCCACGCCUUGUUCAAACGGAGGAACGUGCCGAAGCCAUGCUGAUGGAUAUGUGUGCGCCUGUGCUAAUGGGUGGAUGGGCGUGAAUUGCAACCAGUCUGUUUGUGAAAACAAUCCUUGUCAAUAUGGAGGCAGCUGUGUACGAAAUCCGGGCAGCGGAUUUCUCUGUCUAUGCCCAUUCGGGAAACAUGGAAUAUUCUGUGAAUAUAAUGUUGAAAUAACCCGUCCAUCACUAGCCCCUGUUAGUAGCGGCAUCUCUUCUUUUAUCAUAUUCCCUCUGUCAUCGGCAGCUGUAAACUCCGACCGAUUUGAUCUGCGGCUCAGGUUUCAAAGUGAAGAUAUGGACCAGAUCGCAUUAUUGGCCUUCGUCGGCCAAAACGGUCACCAUGACUCCAAAAGUCAGCAUUUGGCUUUGACAUUUGUAAAGGGAUAUGUAAUGGUUACCUGGAACAUGGGAGGCGGAUCUCGUCGUAUCUUUACGUCGCGUCCACUCUCUGCUCGACGAGGGGGUCACACAGUUCGCGUGUGGCGUCGUGGACGAACCGCCGGCCUCACUAUCGAUGGAAGGCACAACGUCUCUGGAAACGCACCAGCAAAUGACAACAAGAUGAAUAUACUACCAUAUUUAUACAUCGGUGGUCACCCAUCCCAAGACUUCCACACGCUACCUCACGACCUGCCCCUACAUAGCGGUUGGAAGGGCUGCAUCUGGGAGGUGGGCGGCCAGGCCAUCGCCACGGGCAACUCUGUGGGAGGCCGAGGGGUGGGCCAGUGCGGAGUCGCGCAGUGCACGGUUAAGUCCUGCAACGCUCCUCGAGGUGUUUGUAUACAUUCACCUGCUACAUAUGGGUGUAUUUGUAACGAAGGUUGGUUCGGUGCGACCUGCUCGAGUAAGGUCAGUCCGUGUGAUUAUUCUGAAACUAAUUGUAAUGGCCGGUGUGUAAUAACAGCCGGCAGUCCUCAGUGUGACUGUCCUUAUGGAAAGAUUGGCACCAACUGCGAUAAAGAUAUAACACCGACAGAUUUAAUGUUCCCCGGUGUCCGGUCCUAUGUCAGACUUCAUCCACACUCGAUAUCAAGUGUCAGUUUAUCUCUGGAAGCGGAUAUAAAGCCUAAUAAAGAAAGAGGCCUUGUGAUGUACGUGGAGACGCCGCACUUCUAUACCGCACUCUCGUUACAAGGAGGGUUAUUAGAAUUUCGAUGGACAGACCGACUGUCCGGGUUGAGUUCGCUGGUUCGUUCUGGCGUGGUUGUGUCGCUGUCUCAGUGGCACAGCGUGCGGGCGGGGCGCUACAGGAGCCGGCUAUACGUCUGGCUCGACGGAGCCCUCACCACCGAGCCCAUGCUGGCACAUGCCUACCCUCAUACUGCUAGUGAAGCUUCUAUAAUACUCGGUGGUGCAGCCGAUCUAUCCCACCUUCCGUUUGACGUGAUGUCGGGCCCGCCAGAGUCUUUCGCUGGUUGUUUGAAGAAUUUCCAUGUGAACAAUAUACAACAAUCACUUGAUAAGGCCAACAUAGCAGAGGGUCAAAACAUUGGAGAAUGUGAGCGCGAGUGUUCGAACGGGAGAUGUAGAAGAGCGACGUGUAGUCCGGCGCACUGUGCGGCGCCCGCCCGCUGUCGUCGCGACCGCUGCGUGUGCGGCGCGGGCACCGCGGGAGACUACUGUCAACACAACAUCACAAUAUCAGUCCCGCAGUUUGACGGCGACGCAAUGAUAUCGCUGUCUCGCUCAAUCGCUGGCAGAAAUGAAGAUAUGACCACAUUACCCAAAGUCCCCAAUUACCUGGCGUUAAAUUUCACCACAGCAGAGCCGAAUGGCUUAUUAAUCUGGAUCAAAAUGGGUGUCGAUUACAUUGGUGUUGGACUAGAGAAUGGAUAUAUGAGGCUUGUAGGGUCCUCGCAUUGCAGUAACGGAGAGGCCCGCACAAAACCCAAAAUCAUGUCCCAGAUAAUUAAAUCCAGUUUUAUGGCGGACGGUGAAUGGCACGCGAUCGAACUGAGGCCUGUCACUAAUGUAACUCUGGUCGUCGAUAAAAUAACUUACACAGAAGAAACUUGCAGCAGUUUGCAUGACUACGUGGAUGUCGAGACCUAUAUAGGUGGUAUAACGGAACACGACGAUGACACCAUCAGGAAGAUAUUCCCACAAAACUUCAGAGGUUGUAUUGACUCCCUUUCGACACAGGAAGAGAGUUAUAUAAGCAACUUUACAAACAUCUACAGCGAGAAUGUCAAAAUCUGCCAACAGUUCCUUCCAGAGAGGACAUAGAACAAUAAUUCUGUAGUUAAAUAAUACACAGUACAAAGAUUUUCUAGUCUUAUACUAUAUAUAUUUGUUCAAAUGGAAUAACUAGUUAUUAGUAGUUAAUAAUGUUAUAUUAAAGUUCAACUUUUUGAAUUAUCUUACCAGGUUUUAGCAAAUAUUUUAAGGUAUAAAUGGAAAUGAAAGUAAAAAUCAUUGUCGUACACAAAA